AUGUCAAAAACAUGUAAAUCUAUUAAUAGGCCAAGAUCUAGGCUACCUAUAGACGAAGAAACGAUUAGGCUGUGGAAUCUAUCUAGUAACGAAAAUACAAGCGAUCAAAAAACAAAAGAUGAAGCAACGAAAACUGAAAGCAAGGAUCGUAAUUUUGGUGAAAUAGAGAAGGACAUAACACUCGAGGUAAUGAAGGAAAAACAUUCAAUAAACAAACAACAAUUGGCUCAAAACAUUACAACUUCGAUAAAAGAAAAAUCUGACAACAAAAACACAAUUAAAUCAGAGCCCUAUGCUGUUCAUCUUAAAGUCGGUUAUGGAAGGGAUGAUGGGACUGUCAUUACAAGUAAUGCGGAUGUCGAAGACACAUCAAAUCCAAAUGAAAAUCGCGAUGGGGUUGGUGAAAGGAAUUUGGACUCUAUUAUAAGUAUGAGGAAAGUCGAUUUUUGUGGAGUAGAGGCUGAUAGCAUCAGUCACGCGAGCGGUCUUCGGAUGGGGCCAGGUGGUGCACUGGCACUGUGGAGCUUGAAUAGGAACAGUAGCGCGGCGGGCGCCGGAGUAGGCAGCCUACAGACGGAGGAAAUGCCGUUGCCAGCGAGGGAAAGUUUGACGACGCCGAGGAGCGUUCGUGCUCCCGUUGGUAGAAAACCAACAACUCUACCACACCAGCGAGUGAGAAAAGAAAAUAAGGAGAAAUCUCCGGAGGGCGCUGCGGAAAUGGAUUCACCAUUGAGUGGUGCUGGUAGCGAUCUUCGUCGUCAGAAUGAAGAGUUGCGCGCCCGCCUCGCCGGAGAGAGCGCUGACCACAAGCGACGGCUUGAGACUUACAGACGAGCUCAGCAAGGACAGGCGGCUUUAGUGUCUCGACUACAGGCUAAGGUUCUGCAAUAUAAACAAAGAUGUGCAGAACUCGAAAGUCAGAUGUUGGAGACGCCGCGAAGCGAUCCUCAAGCCAGCUACCGGUCGGCUAUCGCGCUGCCAGCCCCGGUGGAGCGCAAGGAGGAAAGGAUCGCGGACCUGGACACCGCGCUCAGAAGGAUCGAAGAAGAGAAACACAAAUGUGAAAAAUUGGUCUCUCAAAACAAUUUACUCAGGGAACAGCUAGAGGAAUCUCAUCAACUCAAUGAGGCUCUCACUAACGAUCUUCAGAAACUGACCAAUGAUUGGGAAGCACUCCGGGAUGAAAUGGCUAUUAAGGAAGAUGAGUGGAAGGAUGAAGAACAAGCGUUCAAUGAUUAUUACUCAAGUGAGCACAGUCGCCUUCUCAAUCUAUGGCGUGAAGUGGUGUCUGUAAAACGUUUCUUCUCGGAGACUCAAAGCAACACUGAACGAGAACUCUUCAAAGUUAAGAGUGACAUAGACACGGCUGCCAGAGACCUUGUCGGCACCUUGAGUGGUUUUGCUAUCACCGCUUAUGCUCAAGGAGCUAAGCUGGAGCCCCUUCAGACCCAGCUGCCACAGCAAGCUUCACCUUCACCGUUGGAGAGUCUCCGUGUAGAGCUACACACCACAGCCUCACAGAGAGAUGCGGCUCAGUCAGAGCUGAGAGAGAGAGAUGCUCGGAUACAGAGACUGUUGGAGGAUCUGCAGGCUUUGGAGGAUCGUUGUGAGUCUCUCUCCAAUGCUGAUGAAGAGGUCCGUGUACUGCGAGCCGCCCUCGAGGACGUGGCCCGGGCUCUCAUACAGGACUCGGACGAAAGAGGCGGAGUCGCUGAACAUCAUCGCCCCCGAUCCCCCGGCCGAGCCCCCGGAUGUAGCACGUUGUUCGCUGAGAGCGCCGUCAGCGCCUUGCACGCCGCCCUCAACAAGUACCAAAUACAGAUACAUGACUUACAGGUUCGUCUCCAAAACACUCGCGAGCAACUGUCGACGUGUCGGAAGAGCUGCGACGUUGUGGACACAAACAACGCGACCUUGGAGAAAAAAGUGCGAGACUUACAAGAGAAAUUGGACCAAUCCAAUACAGAUUUGAACCAGCUAGUCCAAGAGAAGGAGUCCAUGUUAAAGACCAUCGAGGGUCUGAGAACUGAUAAGAAUAAUCUGGAAAGGAAUCGCCUUGAAAUUAAUGCUAUGGUCGAGACACUGACAUCUGAUUACGAGAAACUCCAGAAGAUGAACACUCGCUUGGAAAAGAAUAUAGAAGUACUGUUAAAUGAAAAGAGAAAUCUGACUUGUGAAGUGGACCGGUUACAUAGAGAGGGAACCAACAGGGAGGCUGUGUUACGUGCUGAAGAAGAACGCUCGGGUCGGCUCAGAUCCGAGCUUGUGUCUGUUCGUGAGGACCUGCACAGGGAGGCGCUGGCGAGGGAACUGCUGGAACAACAGAAGAUAGAGGGGGACGGACUGCUGCAACAGCUGGAGAAACAUAGGAGUGAGCUUGAGAUAGAAUUGGAGCGAACUCUGUUAGAGCGGAGCGAUCUCCAGGACCUUACGGAGAAGUUACAGACUAUUGUGAGAAGCUUGGAAGAUGAUAAGAAGAAACUUCUAGAAGAUCUCAAACAGAUGGAGGAAGACAAGUCAUCUCUUCUAAAUCAAUCUUCAGAACAACAGAGUGACAUGAACUCUUUGCGCAAGGAGUUGCUGGCGGCUGAACAGAAUAGGAUGGAGUUGGAGUCUGAUAAAGCGAGCCUACAGGAGAAGAUGAAGUUCUUGGAGGGAGAAAGAGAAAAAGUGGAGAUAGAACUGAGACAGGUGAUGAGAGAACGCGGGGAACUAAGCUCUCAGCUGACGAGUAUGUCUCGUAAGAAGGAGUCUCUCAAUGAGGAGAUGAUGAGACUACAACAACGACUGGAACAGGCGGGAGAGACUAUCGGCAGACUGAACAGGAGCUUGGACGACAGAGUCAAGAACGGGGAGGAGAAACAGAUAUUAAUCGACAGUCUAGACAAGGAUAGACAGCACCUGCAGGAGCAGUUGGCCGGAGCUCGCUCGGAGAAGGACGCUUUGGAAGCAGCGCUGUUUGAAGCAAGCACGGCGUUAGAAGACGCUGACACAAGGAGAGAAGCACUUAGCGCUGCUAUGAAUGAACAGGCGCUUUUAGUCGAGAACUAUAAAGGUCAAAUAGCCCGUCUGUCUAAAGACCUGGAAAAUAGUGAGAAGAAGCUUCGAGAAACACGAAACAGUAUGACGCAGUCUUCAGGGAAGAAAGAGGCGGAGUAUCAAACGGUUAUAGCCAACCUCAACAAGACUACCACAGAGAAUAUCACUAAACUGAAAGAGGAAAAGGAACAACUUCGUCAAUCAUUGGAGCAAAAACUCAGUCAGACCAUAGCGGCUUUGACGAGCGAGAAAGAAGCAUUUGAGGCCAGUGCAAGGGAAAGAGAGAAGAAACUGCUCUUAGCCAGGGACCAACUGAUACUGCAACAUGAUGAAGCCAUGCUGAGAGCAGAGAAUGACAAACAACAGGCUCUACUGAUGGCUCACCAGGAACACCAGGCGUUGAUCGAACGUCUGGAAGAAGCGAAGCGAAUUCUGUCAUGCGAACAGAACAAAUUAGAGCGGGCCAAGAGAGACGCUCAGGCGAGGUUCGAACACGACAGGAACCACAUCAACCAACUGAAAGAUGACCUGUCAGCCUUGAAGACUAGGCUGGAGGACGCUAAAGCCGCAGCGGAAGACGAAUGUGUCCGUUACGAGAACAGAAUUAAAGAGAUUCAUCUGGAGAAAGAAGGAGUUAACAGGGAACUACAGGAGACUAAGGCGGCGCUCGCUCUGGCCGAGGAUAAGUAUGACGGAGCGUACGGACAACUACAGGACACGUUGAGGAAGUUGAAGGACUUGGAAAAUGAAUCAGAGUGCCUUCGUAAGGAUCUGACAGACGUGCGUCGUCAACUGAGUCAAUGCAGCGCUGAGAGGGACAAGUACAACAGCGCGUGUAGAGAACUGAGAGAUCACGUGAAGAGAUCUGAACAUGAGAGGAGGGAGACUGCGAGGACCAGGGACGAGGCUUACCAGAGGAUCACUAGUUUGGAAGAAAACCGUACAACCUUAGAACUGGAACUAUCUCGUGUUCAGACGAUGUUGAAGGAGUGUGAGAGUGGUGGAGAACAGAGUGUGAGGGCGCUGAAGGCGGCGGAGACACAGCUGAAGAGGGAGAGGGCCGCCUUGGAACAAGCGCAACAUGACAUAAAGGAACUACAGUCAAGACUUCAGAAUAGCAACGAGGAUCGUGAGCGUACUUCGUGUGAGCUGGGCGCGGCUCGGCGUCACGCGGCCGAGUUAGAGGCGGCCCUACAGGCUGUGCGAGGUGACCUGGCACACUCACGGACACGAGCUGCCGGGCUGGAGGACGCGCUCCGGGACAGGGAACAGGAGCUCGUGCUGCGUCUCGAAGAUUGUAGAUCCAAGGAACGUAGAUUGGAGGAACUCAAACACAACCUGGAAGUCUGUCUAGCGGACGCGACGCAACAGAUACAAGAGUUAAAGACCCGUGUGGGCGCCAGUGAGGGUCGUUGUCGCGCGUUAGAGGCGUCUCUCUCUCAGAGUGAGUCGUGUCGGCGCGAGGUGGAGGCCAAGUUAUCAACGGUCGCUCACUGCUUGAAGAGAGUCUGCGGGCUGCAGGCGGACGGAAGUCUUCAAGCGAGGAGACGCCUCGCCAGCCCGUCCAGGAAGUACAGCCCGCAUAGAGGUCGCGAUCAUUCUGAAGACCGAAAUGAAAUCAUAGACGUGGACCCGGAGAUGAUCAAGAAGGGAGUCAAGAAUCUGAUGCAUGAAGUGUGUCAGAUUGAACGGGAGAGGGACGACUGUAAGGCUCAGCUGUCGGUUGUGAAGAAGCAACUGAAAGAAGCAACCGAACAGCAAGGGAAGGGCGAGGGUAAAGUACAAGCACUGAACAAUAGUUUGAGAGGAAUUCAUGAGGAGAAAGCUAAAUUACAAGCGACGCUGGGACAGAAAGAUGUUCAGAUAACGUCCUUGAACGAGAUAGUACAGACGAAAACAGUAGAAGUCAGCAGUCUUCGUGAUAAGAUCACCAGCUUAGAAGCGACGCUUGCGACACUCACUGAGGAAAAACUACACACUGGGAACAAGUCUGAAAGCCUCCGAGCUCAACUCGCGGAGAGAGUGCAGGAGGUCGCUCAACUGAGAGAGGCUCUGACCGCCGCUGAAGCUCGUGCCUCCCGACUGGACGUGCGUCGCGCUCAGCUCGAGGGAGACGUGCAGCGAGCUAGUGCUGCUGCUAGAGAGAGAGAGGCCGCACUCAAGAAGCUCCAAGAGCGUAUAGAUGGCUACACUCGUACUAUAGCAUCCUUAGAGGACCGAUGUACGUCCUUGAAGGGUACAGUGGAGCAACUAUCCACUGCGCUACAGAAAGCAGCCACGGCUGAGUCUGAGUUACGAACAGAACUGGCGCGAACACAGAGACUGUUGAACGAAACGAGGAACAAUGAAAAUAAUGUGACGGACAAGAUGAGACACAUGCAGAAGAAUAUUGCCAAUUGUGAGAACGAGCGUCGCGUCCUCGCUGAGAAGCUUGAGAGUGCGAAGGCGGCUCUCGCUGAGAUGAAGAGAGUCAACUGUACGCUGGAAGAUCAGGUCCACAGACUGACCAACCAACUUAGUAACGUGGAGGCGCAGAGAGUCGAUCUAGAAUCUCAGUUGCGUAUGGCAGCGUGGGACGGCAAGGAGAGUCACGACGGAGAGUUGGAGAGAGAGUUGCAUCUACUACAGAGAGAGAGAUCAGAGCUUAAAAGCAAGAACGACGCGCUACAGGACGCGGUCAGGAAACUAGAGGCCGAGAGAAGACGACCCGCGCUCAGGAGCAAGAGUCACGACAGGAACGAUAAGAACUACUUCUCAUCUGAUAUUGACUCUGGCGCAGACUCCACCAAAGACGUCCUUCUGUACAAAGAACUUCCUUGCAAGGACCGGUCUUAUAGUGAGCUGAGUCUCCUUGAAUUGGAGAACCGCGAGCUCAAGAUGAAGAUUAGGAGACUGGAAAAGGAACUCGCUGAUAAGGAGUCAGAGUUGUCAAUGGCUCGCAACAGAUACUACUCGGAUCUGUCUUCAAACAACGCUCAAGACGCGGACCAAUACCGCCAAGCGGCCAUACAAGCUGAGAGACUGUUAGAGGCGAGGGAGGCCAGCCACAGACAACAGAUUAUGAGACUUGAGAACCAGUUGUCCCAGCUCCGAGCCCAGCUAUCAAGUGAGAUCCGUCGUCGUCAGGCGUAUGUAGCUCGCAGUGGCCGGGCAGCCAGAGAUGUACAAAGACUCAGGAGUGCACUAGGAGACUCACUGAGAACCGUCUCACAGGAUCCGGCUCUGGACUCAUACAAACUGGAACAUGAAGCUCGUAAACUGGACAACACUCUAACACAGAGCUUGCCACCUCUCAACGAUAGCUAUGAAUCCUCAAAAUAA